GCAAAAUACAAAUUCAUUGGAGAAAAUGGAACAAGUAACGGUGUUGGGAUCUUGGCCUAGUCCAUAUGCAUACAGGGUGUUAUGGGCACUUGAACUCAAGGGUGUGGAAUACGAAUAUGUAGAAGAAGAUCUACUCAACAAGAGCGACAUGCUUUUGAAGUACAAUCCAAUCCUCAAGAAGAUUCCGGUUCUUAUUCACGCCGGAAAACCCAUCGUCGAGUCUCCGGUCAUUAUUGAGUAUAUUGAGGAGACGUGGCCGCAGAAUCCCCUGCUUCCCCAAGAUCCCUAUGAGAAGGCUAUGGCGCGGUUCUGGACCAAAUUCUGUGAUGACAAGGGACUUGCAUUCACGUUAUUCUUCAUCGGCGUCGGAGAGGAACAGCAGAAGGCAGCGAAGGAAGUAAGGGAGGCACUGAAGACGAUUGAAGAGAAAGCCCUCGGCGAGAAGAAAUUUCUUGGUGGCGACGAAAUCGGCAUGGCAGAUCUCGCCUGGGGAGUCCUCGCUACCUCCCUCGGGGUUAUCGAACAAAUCGUGGGGAUGACGAUAUUUGACGCCGAGAGCUUCCCUCGCCUGCAUCGUUGGGCUCAGAACUUCAGAGAGCAUCCCGUGAUCAGUAAAAACCUCCCCGAACUGGAGAAAUUGCUGGUUAAUUACACCCGCAAGAGGGAGAUGUAUCUUGAUACCAAAAUAGCUUGAGUUUUUUCCUUUUUCUUUGAUUUUGAGGUUGUGUACUCGUUUUUUCUACAUUUCUAUAUUUUUCUUGUUAUAUUUUAUGAGAAUAUUGAAAGAGAAAAGUGGAAAUCACUAUGUCUGUUGAUGAAAUUGUUAAAAUAUUAUUAAAUUUAAAUGUGUGUA